AUGUAUGAUCUUAUUAUUUUGAUAAGUGAACCUUCUGAAUCUGAUAAAAUAUAUAAAUGGAGGUCUAAUGAAAGAGAUUGUAAAAAGGAAUAUAAUAAUAAGGAAAUUUUUAUUAAGUUAAAAAAUGAAAUACCUCUUUUAGCAAAAUGGUUUAUAGCUAAAGUAUCAGCUGUAGACGAAUUACUUUCUGAAAUUUAUAUAAAUGUUAAAACUUUAAUAAAAACAAAACCAAUCAAACUAACUAAUUAUUGUAUUGCAUUUAAGUUUGAAAAAGCUAUAGGAGCCG